CCAUUGAACUAUUCCUAAUUGGGCACCCCCCUCUCGCCAACACUGGUCUGAGUUUAGAUAAGGGUUUGGACGGUGUAGGGUGGAUUGUGAGCAAAUCACAUUGGUGCUGUGCUGAAGUGAGCUUGCGGUGAGGGCCCGUGGUGAGCGGUGCCAGACCUAGGUGUGGAGACCAGGUGAAGUCACUGACGGCCCGUGCACGCGUCAGCCUUCCGCGGCGGGCUGCAAAAAGUUCGGAAACCGCAAGCGCGCGACUCGUCAAGCAAAACUACGUCUCGCGAACACCAUCACACACAUCACCCAAAAUGAGUUGCGGAUUAUCAGGAGAGGUCGCCGAGGAGCCCGUGGCAUCGAGGAAAACUGGCGUGAUCUUCGAGAAGCGCCUCAUCCUCAAGUACAUCGAGGAGAACCACAAAGAGCCAGGUACCGACCACGAACUCGACGCCGAAGACCUCCUCCCAAUCAAGACGCACCGCAUCGUCCGACCACGUCCCCCAAACUUCACAUCCCUCCCGUCGCUACUCAAGGCCUUUCAGGACGAGUGGGACGCGCUCGUACUCGACGCAUAUAACACAAAGGAGCAGCUAGCGCGCACAAGAGAGGAGCUCGCGACCGCCCUCUACCAGCACGAUGCCGCCGUCCGCGUUAUCGCGCGCCUGACCAAGGAGCGAGACGAGGCACGCGACGCCCUAUCCAAGGUCACAGUCGCCGCCUCGGACGCCCCCGCUACUGGCGACGACGCCAUGGUAAUCGACAACGAGAGCCUUCCCGAGGCCUUGGCAGAACACGUGAACGAGCUCCAGGUCAAGUUGACAAAGGGACGCAAGAAGAGGCCCGUCCCGAAGGAGUGGGCGUCGUCCGACGAGGUCGCCGCGCUAGAGCAGGUUGCCUCUACGGAUCUAGGCGUAGCGCAGGCGACGUCGGUCGACGUUAACGCCGACUACGCGGCCAUCGGCGGCGCCGACGGCAAGGUCGACAUCUACUCGGCCGAGGCCAACAAGGUGGAGCGCUCGUUCGACAUUGGCGAGCCCGUCACGGCCACCGUAUGGAUCGACACUAAGGUCAUCCUGGCCACCGCCAAGGGCUCCGUCCGCGUCUUCGACAGCGGCAAGGAGACGGCCACCUUCCAGGCCCACGCCGGUGCUGUCACGGGGCUCUGUGCGCAUCCUGGCGGACGCCUCCUCGCGUCCGUCGGUAUCGAUAAGAGCUUUGUAUUUUACGACCUGGAGGCCCUGGAGCGCGUGUCGCGUGUCUAUACUGAUGACGUACUGACGGCUUGCGCAUUCCACCCCGACGGCCACCUCUUCGCCGCUGGCACACAGGCGGGACACAUCCAGGUGUACGAGACCAGCACCGGGAAGCUCGCGGCCAGCUUCGAGCUCGGCCCUGCGGUACGAGCGCUCGUCUUUUCCGAGAACGGCUUCUGGUUCGCUGCGACGGGUAAGGGCCAGUCCACGGUGACCGUCUUCGACAUCCGUAAGGAGGGGCCGGCUGCCCAGGUCAAGGAGUUCCAGACGGGCGACGCGCAGUCGCUGGCGUGGGACUACACGGGCCAGUAUCUCGCCACAGCGGGGUCUACGGGCAUCACGGUGCAAAUGUACCACAAGAGCUCCAAGAAGUGGUCUGAGCCUCUGCGGACGAGCACGCCCGCCGUCGCCAUCCGGUGGGGCGAGGAGGCUAAGUCGCUGGUUGCGGUGAGCAAGGAGGGCGAGGUGUCGGUGUUGGGGGCUAAGGAGUGAAAUUACUACGCAGGUUGCAGAAAAUGGCGAAUGCCGUAGCGCAGCUGUGUCUGAGCAGCGCAAGGGAGGAGUCAGAUCAGGAGAUGGGUACAACACUGCACCCUGGCUAGCAACUUUGUAGAAUAUUCCGCGGUUUCCAGGCACUGUUGGCUUUGGGGGCAACAAAAAGAGAUACCUACCACCCACCCGCCUUUCUUCAGUGCGACAUCUGAAGAGUGACUGACGUUAAUAACCACUGCACGCAAGUUUAUAAAAGUAAGGAAGUGAGAAAUGCCAAGAGGGCCCCCUUCGGCGUUGUCACUUGCUAC